AUGUCUCAUACCAACCCAACCCAACACGAACGAAGCGAGAUGGAAGCGCGUGACUCCUCGUUGGCCAGCACCAACAGAUCAGCAGCUGUACAAUCAGUGCGGAAUAAUGGCACAAGCCACUCAAAAACUCCAUCCAACGGCAUCCCACCGCAUCUUCUCUACGGCAGUCCAACUGGAUAUUCAACCGUCACGGAUAUGACACACUCCGAACAAAAGGGUCCGAGAGAUUUCUCGUUGAAUGUGAUCAAGAGACCGUGGUCUGAUGCGAAAGAGCAGGCAGUAUGCGGCCCGUACGACUAUUUGGUCUCGCUGCCAGGGAAGGAUAUCCGAUCCAAGCUCAUCGAUGCCUUUAAUAUCUACCUCCAAGUUCCCGAGGAAUCACUUAACAUAAUUAAGCAUGUUGUUGCUAUGCUUCAUAACGCUUCCUUACUUGUGGAUGAUGUAGAAGAUCAUUCAGUUCUACGAAGAGGGUAUCCCGUCGCCCAUAGCCUUUUCGGCGUCGCGCAGACCAUAAACUCCGCGAAUUAUAUAUACUUUCGUGCUAUGCAGGAUAUCACAGGAUUAAAGAGUCCGGUUUGUGUUCAAGUGUUUACCGAGGAAUUGAUAAAUCUCCACCGUGGUCAGGGAAUGGACCUUUUCUGGAGAGAUACUUUGACAUGUCCGUCCGAAGAUGAUUAUUUAGAGAUGGUUAGCAACAAAACCGGAGGGCUGUUCCGUCUUGCAAUCAAGCUUAUGCAGGCCGAGAGCGCGAGUGAAGUAGACUACCUCGACCUUGUCAACCUAAUGGGCUUGAUCUUCCAGAUCAGGGAUGAUUAUAUGAAUCUACAAUCAGAUCAGUACGCCAAAAACAAAGGUUUCGCCGAGGACCUCACGGAAGGCAAAUUUUCAUUCCCAAUCAUCCAUUCCAUCCGUGCCAACCCGAAGAACUUACAGAUGAUAAAUAUUUUAAAGCAACAAACGCAAGACGAUGGGGUGAAGCAUUACGCUGUUGCGUAUAUGAAGGAUCAGACCAAAUCCUUUGAGUAUACGGCGUCGGUAUUGAAAGAUUUACAAGAACAGGCGACGGGUUUGUUGGAUUCGUUUGGAGACAAUAUGGCGUUGAGGGCUAUCUUGGAGAACCUGAAGGUUGAUGCUUGA